UUUUUUUUCUAUAAAAUAAAGGAUGAGCCCGUUUUCCUAUUUUUUUUUGUUUAUUUUCAUUUAACAAGCAAUCUUCGUUAUGGUCUUAAAAUUGUCCAUUAUCAUCGCUCUUCUGCUAUGUGUUAUCUCCUGUACGUUGGCUAAGAAACAACCUGAUACUGGCGAUAAAGGGAAGAUAGUGGCCCGUCAGAGUUCCGGAGAUACUACUGGUGAUUCCUCUGUUACCCAUGACGUUGGUGCUACCCUUAAUGACCUUACUGGUGAUGUCGAUAAAAUUAUUAAGGACGCUUAACUGGCAAUGAAGGAAGUCAGUCACUGUACGUUCCUACCAUUCACUUCAGCGUCUGUAUACAUAUAUAUAUGUUUCUUUAAAAAAAUAAACAUCCGUUUUGUUUGCUUCAUAAA